AUGUCUUCCAAAGAAGAACUCUACUCAGUUUUGUCUGAGAAGAUUGUCAAGUUGCACGAUGAAAUGCUGCGGUUCACUACACAAGCACAAAAAACGCAAAGAACCAUAGCAACUGCCUGGGAUGUGACCUGUUUAUAUGCAGAUAUGUAGGGCAACAGUAAAUUUUGUUUAAUUGGUUAGGUUCAAAAACGCCAACGAUUUGCCUGCAAAAUCUAAUACUCCUAAUUCCGCAUAGUCUAUAUAGUUAGUACUGAUUUGA